CUUACGUGUCCUCCUAACGCGUAUAGUAAAAAAAAAAACGAAAAAACAGAGAGAGAGAGAGAGAGAAGAUAAAAUCGAAAUCUUCCCCAAUUUCUGGAUUGGCUUUUUCGUAUAUCAUCCGCUUGAGAUUUUCUGGGUUUGGAUUCCAUCCCUUUCCCAUCUUCAAUCGAAGUUUUGGCUUUGAAUUGGAUUUGGGUUUCGGUUUUCAAAGUCACCUCCUUUUUUGUGCGUUUAUCCGUUCGUAUUCAGCAGAUAUGCAGGACCAGCUCGUUUGUCAUGGUUGUAGAAAUUUAUUGAUGUAUCCUAGAGGAGCAUCCAAUGUGCGUUGUGCGUUAUGUAACACUAUCAACAUGGUUCCUCCUCCUCCGCAUGCUCAUGCAGGGAUGGACAUGGCUCACAUUGUAUGUGGUGGUUGCCGGACAAUGCUUAUGUAUACACGUGGGGCAAGUAGCGUAAGAUGCUCUUGCUGUCAGACUACGAACCUUGUGCCAGGGCUCUCCAAUCAGGUUGCGCAUGCACCCUCCAAUCAGGUUGCGCAAAUCAAUUGUGGGCAUUGUCGGACGACCCUCAUGUAUCCUUAUGGUGCAUCAUCUGUUAAAUGUGCUGUCUGUCAGUUUGUUACUAACGUUAAUAUGAGCAAUGGAAGGGUACCUCUCCCAACUAACCGGCCAAAUGGAACAGCUUGUCCCGGGUCAAUGCCCUCUUCAUCAACUUCAACACCACCCUCUCAGACCCAAACCGUUGUUGUAGAAAACCCCAUGUCCGUUGAUGAAAGUGGAAAGUUGGUGAGCAAUGUUGUUGUUGGAGUGACGACCGAUAAGAAGUAACCAAGAAUGAGUGAGAUCUGAAAGAUCAUAUCCAAAUUCUUCGUCUAUUCCUGCGUCUGGUUUGUGCAUAUUACAUACGCGGAAAAAACUCUAUGUUUAUAUAUCUGCCGACUCCUUUUUAACCCAAGAGAAAGGCUUAUUCAGAAUUUUUUUGUUACUGCAUUUUUGGGGUUUAUUCAUAGUUGAAGACACAAAGUGGUUUUGCUCCAAUAAUCUGGUUUUCUUUUGCUCAUAUGGAACUUGACCUUCUCUUCUGUUUGUAGACUUGUAAAAACUCCAUUGGCCCUUGAGGCAUUGUUUAUGUAUGUAUUAAUAUAAUCUGACACACCUACCAAACAUUGAGAUUUGGGUUUGAAA